AUGUCUCUCGAUCAAACUUCAUCUCCACCACCUCCAGAAUCCAACAAUUUACUCUCCUGUUGUUCCUUCAAUGUUCAUCACUUCUCCACUGCAUACGGAAGGAGUAACCUCACCGAAUUAUACAAAUAUUUGCAUAAAAACAAUUUCGACAUUGUCUGCCUGAAUGAAGUUUAUGAAGAUAGCGAGUAUUCUCAUCCUCUGAGAGAUUUGGUUUAUGCAUUGAAUUCAUCAUUACCUGAGGAGGUGGAAGUGGCUCGGCCCUAUCAAUAUCGGUCUGGACCCACUAAUUAUGAGUCGAAUAUUAUUCUGAGUAAAUAUCCAAUUCUAUUUCAGGAAAAGAAAGAUGUUGGAAGAGGUGAAAGAUCAGUACUUGAGAAAGGAACUGGUUCUUCAAGACUCGACACUCGAAUUGACUAUGUCAUUAGUAAUACUGAAUUGGAGCCAUAUCUCAAACAAUCAUGGAUUGAUUCCGAUGCUUCUGGUAUUUCAGAUCACCUUCCUGUCGUUGUAUUAUUUGAGUUUUAA